UACCACGACCUCGCACUCGCAGCUCCCACUCUCUCAGCACCACCAGCUGGGCCUCAGCCAUUGACCUCUCUAAAUCUCCCAAUCCGCCCUUCCUAGGCACCGCCGCACCAUGGCCUCCCACAACCACAACCACAACAGCUCCGAAUCCACCCCGCUCCUCUCCCACGUGCACGCCAUCCUCCCGCAGAACCUGCACAUCCACCAGGACGGCGAAUCCGGCCGCAGCGGCUUCUCGCCCUCCCACUUCCUCAAUGUCUCCUGGCGCAGCGGCUCCGCUGUCGCCAAAUACGUGAACCUGCUCUGGCCCUUUGUCGUCGUCGCCAUCGUCCUGCGCUAUGCCACGCCGGGCCUCCCGCUGCUCGUCUUCGCCAUGAGCUACAUCGCCAUGGUGCCCGUGGCCAAUCUGCUAGGCUUCGCGGGGCAGGAGUUUGCGCGGAAGAUGCCCAAAGUCAGCGGGAUCCUGAUCGAGACGGCAUUCGGCUCCAUCGUAGAAAUCAUCCUGUUCCUCAUCCUGAUCGCCAAGCACCGGAGCGCCACGGGCUCCUCGGAGCACGGGAACCUGAUCCCCGUCAUCCAGGCCGCCAUCCUGGGCUCUAUUCUGACGAACCUGCUGCUUUGUCUGGGGGCGUGCUUCUACGUCGGCGGGCUGCGGCAGGCGAGCCAGAAGUUCCACGCAAGUAUCAGCGAAGUGGGCACCGGGCUGCUGUGCGUUGCGGGCUUUGGCCUGCUGAUCCCGAGCGCGUAUUACUCGGCGCUGAAGAGCUCGGUCGUGCCUAAAGCAACCGGGCACCAUGCGUUUACGGAGAAGGUGCUGCAGCAUAACGUGCUGAGGAUUAGCCAGGUUACGUCGAUUCUACUAAUCGUCGCGUUUAUCAUCUUUAUAUGGUACAACGCCCGCUCGCAGCACUCCAUCUUCGACGAGGUCCUCGAAAUGGAUGAGCACCGCGAUCUAGACCGCCGCGAGGACCUCUCCAAGCCCAAGUUCACCCUCACCGAGUGCAUCGUGGCACUCGUGCUUUCCCUGGUGCUCGUAACGCUGCUCGCCGUGUUCCUCGUCGAGCGCAUCGAAGACGUCGUGGAGUCGGGCGUGCCCGAUCAGUUCCUGGGCUUGAUUCUUCUGCCGCUCGUAGAGAAGGCAGCCGAGCAUAUGACUGCCGUCGAUGAGGCGUGGGAUGGGCAGAUUAACUUCGCGCUCUUCCACUGCAUCGGGCCGUCGAUCCAAACGGCGCUCUUCAACGCGCCGCUCGUCGUCAUCGUCGGCUGGAUCCUGGGCAAGAACAUGGAUCUGAAUUUCGAAAUCUUCAUGAUCGUGCUGCUCGUGCUGUCCAUCGUGGUGGUGGGCAACUUCCUCCGGGAUGGCGAGUCUAAUUAUCUCGAGGGUGCUUUGCUGCUGAUUAUCUACGUCAUCAUUGCCGUGGCUUCGUGGUACUAUCCGAACCCGGAUAUUGCUACUUCGAAUGGCGUUGAGAGCGGAGGAUUCAAGGGGUAUUGAGGUCGCCGACGGUGUCUUCUGAGGACGAGACUAUGAGGACUGAACUUUCACGGAGGAAGCAUUCCAGCCACCUUUGAUUGGAGGAAAUGGAGCCCAAUUCCCAUGUGGGACCGAUGACUUAUGAUCACAUAUGCAUACACUCGAAACGAAGAAGAUAGCUUAGCAUUGAACCUUUAUAAAUGCUAAAUACCAUUAGGUAUUAAACUUC